CAUUCCAUGAGUAGCCUAAACUGGAGAGACUCUGUGUUCUCUCCAUGGCAAACUCGUCCUUCCUUUUCCACUACUACAAUCACCGGAGACUCUCGGCCUCGUCUCGGUCCUUCUUCUUUAUACCCACAACUUUGGCUCUCUUAACCUCUCUUUUCAUUCUCUUGUACAUUUACACUACUUCUAAUCUCUUCACCUAUCACCACCAACACCAUCGCCAUAUUCGCCUAAAGCCUCCACUUGAUUCCUCUUCAAUCGCUCGUUCGACCCAUGGAAGAUCGAUCCCAAUUUCGGUACAAAAUGGGUCUAUCAAUUUAUACACGAAUUCCCAAAAAGGAGCUCCCUUGGUGGAAGAUGGGAGUGAUGGAAAUGUUGGGAGUCAACGGUCUUCAAGGGUUCCGUUUCCCUCAACUGGAGAAUUUGUCAGUUACAACGAGGUGUUCCAUGACAAAGAUAUCUUUCUGGAAGACUAUAAAGAAAUGAAUAGGAGCUUUAAGAUAUAUGUUUAUCCUCACAGGAGAAAUGAUAGCUUUGCAAAUGCACUCUUGCCGGUGGAUUUUGAACCUGGGGGUAAUUAUGCCAGUGAAAGUUACUUCAAAAAAGUCCUCAUGAAAAGUCACUUUAUCACAAAGGAUCCAGAAAGGGCAGAUCUUUUCUUUCUGCCUUUCUCGAUUGCAAGGUUGCGGCAUGACCCAAGAAUUGGAGUAGGAGGCAUCCAAGAUUUUAUAAGAGAUUAUAUCUUCAACAUUAGUCAGAAGUACCCUUACUGGAACCGAACUGGGGGAGCUGAUCAUUUUUAUGUUGCUUGUCAUUCCAUUGGACGGUCAGCCAUGGAGAAAGCAGUCAUAGUGCGAUAUAAUUCCAUUCAAGUUGUCUGCUCGUCAAGCUAUUUCCUCUCUGGGUACAUUACUCAUAAGGAUGCAUCUCUGCCUCAAGUUUGGCCUAGACAAGGAGAUCCUCCGAACUUUGCGUCAUCUAAAAGGAAAAAGCUCGCAUUCUUUGCUGGAUCGAUCAACUCUCCUGUACGUGAAAAACUUAUUCAAGUUUGGGGAAAUGACUCCGAAAUCUCUGCCCACUUUGGCCGGCUUAAGACACCUUACGCGGAUGAGCUACUGCAAAGCAAGUUCUGCCUCCAUGUCAAAGGCUUUGAAGUAAACACAGCUCGUAUUGCUGAUUCACUAUAUUACGGGUGUGUUCCAGUGAUCAUCGCCAAUCACUAUGAUCUACCAUUCGCUGACAUACUCAACUGGCAGAGCUUCGCAGUCAUUGUUGCCACUUUAGAUAUCCCAUUACUCAAGAAAAUCCUCAAAGGAAUAACCUUUUCCCAAUAUCUGAUGCUGCAAAGAAAUGUGUUAGAAGUACGAAAACAUUUUCAGUGGCACCUUUCACCGGUCAAUUAUGAUGCAUUCUACACGGUUAUGUAUGAGUUAUGGCUUCGACGUAGCUCAACGAGGGUUCCAUUAAGUGCUUCUGCAGAUUUCAAUGGAUGAUUUCUUCCUCUGUAUUCUGUAUAUUGGCGUGCCAUACUGAAUGAAGCCUUUGUAAAUGACACACUGAUUUGUUUGCUCCCAAAGCUGAACUGGGAUAUAUAUAUUUGAUUUGUUUUAAAUCCACAUUUUUUGCAAUAAAACUCCAAAUUGAUUU